UUGAUCCAAGGAUGCUGAGACAUCCCCAUAUCCCACCUUGGGAUUGAUCCAAGGCUGCUGAGAAUCCCCCUGUCCCACUUUGGGAUCGAUCCAAGGAUGCUGAAACAUCCCCAUAUCCCACCUUGGGAUUGAUCCAAGGAUGCUGAGAUAUCCCCUGCUUUGGGAUUCAUCCAAGGAAUGCUGAGACAUCCCCCUGUCCCACCUUAGGAUUGAUCCAAGGAUGCUGAGACAUCCCCCUGGGUUUGGGAUUGAUCCAAGGAUGCUGAGAAUCCCCCUGUCUCACCUUGGGGUCGAUCCAACCUCUUAUCCCUCCUCCACAGGGAAUGGGAGAAGCCGGGGGGCCGCAGAGCUCCGGGAAGGACACCAGGUUUUCCCAUCCCACCUCCCUCAGGAGCAGGAAAGACCUCGGGAUGUUUAUCCCCGACGAGAGAGUGCCCUGGUCCUUCAAGAGGUGAUGGAGAAGCUGCAGAGGCUCAACCAGAGCCUGGAGCUGACGCUGGAGGCCUUGGAGGACUCACGAAGCCGGCUGGAAAACCACCUGGAGCACCUCAAGGCCGUUCCCAACCCGGAUGGUCAGAGCCCAAGUGCCACCUCCACCUUCAUCCCACCCGGCUCCUACUCGGCGCUGCUGGUUCUUCUCCUGGUGCUGGCGCUGCUCUGGGUGAUCCUCCUCCUCCUUUUCCUGGCUUCCAGAGCCCUCGGAAUCCCGGAGCUCUCCGCUCUCCUGGUCCUUACUGUGGCAGGACAAUGGCUGGUGGCAUCCAGAGGGAUCCAGCCGGUGGUUUCCCAGGAAAAACCCCCUCACCGGCUCACCUCCACCCCAGAGAGGGAAUGCGACCUGGAGCUGCUGCAGGAGGAGCUGGACAGGAUGGAGAUGAGCUGCGUGCGAGGUGACCACGCUGUGGGAGAGCCCUCGUACCCGGAGCAGCCCCAGGACAUUCCCGGCUCCGUAGGAUGGGUGUCACCUGUUCCUGGUGGCCGGAGGGCAACGCGGAGCUCACGUGGGGCGACGCCAGAGCCGGUCACGGACGCCGGGAAGCGCCGGGAGCCCAAUCCUUGCAUCCCAAGGGCCACCACGUCCCUGCUGUCCCCACGCUCCCCGUGCCGGGCGCUCACCAGGGCCGGGCAGCGAUGCCGGAAGAAAGCCAUUCCCGGGAAGGACUUGUGCCACAUCCACGCCUCUGGCAGCAGCUUGGCCACGGAUUCACCCCCUGGUUUUGACCCUCCACCCCCUCCCUGAGGGCUUUUA